AAGAUACGGUGGUAGUAUUGUCAUUUCGGAAAGCAAGGGGUAGAAUCGGUAAUAAGGGAGACAGACAGAAGCUAGCUAGCUAGCUGGCUCCCUUGUUCGAUUUACCUUCCGUUUCUUCGUUUCUCGCUGGCUGGCUGGCUCGCUCGUUUCCUUGAGCAGAUCUGAGUUUUGGACAAGAAGAAAACUUCCUCGUUUAUAAGGUUUAUUUCUGUUAAGGAAAAUAUGCCUCCACAGAAGAUCGAGACUGGUCACAGCGACAUUGUCCAUGAUGUCGUCAUGGAUUACUAUGGAAAGCGUGUAGCUACUGCUUCAUCAGACUGCACAAUCAAGAUAACCGGAGUAAGCAACAGCGGCGGAUCCCAGCAGCUAGCUACCUUAACCGGCCACCGAGGUCCCGUCUGGCAAGUCGCCUGGGCCCACCCAAAGUUCGAUUCGCUACUAGCUUCGUGCUCCUACGAUGGGCAGAUCAUAAUAUGGAAAGAAGGAAACAACCAAAACGAAUGGACGCAGGCUCACGUCUUCAACGACCACAAAGUAUCAGUCAACUCCAUCGCUUGGGCUCCUCACGAGCUCGGACUCUCCUUAGCUUGCGGAGCAUCCGAUGGAAACAUUUCUGUUUUCUCAGCGAGAGCAGAUGGCGGUUGGGACACAACGAGGAUAGACCAAGCGCAUCCGGUUGGAGUCACCUCAGUGUCAUGGGCACCAGCGACUGAGCCAGGUGCGCUCGUUAGCUCCGGUAUGCACGAACCGGUUUAUAAAUUAGCGUCGGGAGGGUGUGAUAGUACGGUGAAGGUGUGGAAAUUCGCCAACGGGUCGUGGAAGAUGGACUGUUUCCCGGCGCUCCACAAACACAAGGAUUGGGUGAGGGACGUGGCAUGGGCACCGAACCUGGGUCUGCCUAAGUCGACGAUAGCAAGCGGGUCGGAAGAUGGGAGUGUGAUCAUAUGGACGGUAGGGAAAGAAGGAGAGCAGUGGGAAGGAAAGGUUUUGAAAGAUUUCAAGACGCCGGUGUGGAGGGUGACGUGGUCGUUGACGGGUAAUUUACUGGCAGUUUCUGACGGGAACAUUAACGUAACGUUGUGGAAAGAGGCUGUGGAUGGGGAGUGGGAGCAAGUCACUGUCGUUGAGCCAUAGAUACUGUUGUUGUUGCUGUGUUUGUUCGAUUGUCCUUGUUGUAGUAUCAAAUGUGGUUGGUUUCUCUAUACUUUUUUUUCAUUUUCUAUAGGCACUUGUUUAAUCAUUUGAUGUUUCUCAGAAAAAAGACCAUAUAUAUGUUAUGUAUUUAUUAAUCAGAAACCAAAGAUUGCAAAAACUA